CGUUGGUCGAGGAGAGGAGUCGUUGCUCUUCACAAUUUCGAGAAAUGUCUGCAGGUCGUCGGAUUACCUUGAUUAUACUCGAUACGAAACUCGUCUGGUGAGGUUCUGGCCCAUGAAGAUGUCUCCUCAGUGGAGCUGGUCUGAAACGACUCGAAGAAACUGAAGCGCCCCCUUGUCACAUUUGGACGGUUUAACCACCACCAACCGUGCACUACUGACACACGCUCAGGUCUCUCCUGAGCCCGUCCUCUUUCUUCUCCCUGGCUUACGCCGUGCGCUUUUCCGUUCUCUCUUCUUCUAUCUAUCUUGGCUUCUUCAUCACCACGCUCCUUUCCUUGCUUAAACCCUCAUACGUCGCCCUUUUGCGCGCCUGGCCGCGGCAGAACGACAGCGUCCUUUUCCCUCCCGAGCAGGUCUCGCCGUCACGAUCAUUUAGUAACUGCCAACCUCCAAGAAACACUCUUCCGACGAUCACCUAUACUCUGCUCCUACGAAGCCCUCAAGAAGACCGGAUCGAAAAUGGCAAACAAAAUUCUCCUCGUCUUCAUCGGCUUCGACAUAGCCUUCCUCCUUUGCGCUGUUCUGCACCUACUCAUUCCUCUGUACACUCGAGCAAGUGUCAAAAAUAACAUGAAUGUCAAUAACAUUGCGUCAAACCUGCUCCUUGAUGACUGCCCGCUCACUGCCAGCGAGAUCAACGCGAUCAUCAUGUUCCUCACCUUCCUCCUCUCUGUGCCCGCCUUGUUCAUGCAGCGCAAUCGUGUCUGGCUCAAGGUGCACGCCGCGGGAGUCAUCGUCGCCGCGCUCAUGACUCUCUCCAUCGGCCUGGCCAUCUGGUUCUCCACGCUCGAAGUCCACAAGAACCUCACGCCCGUCUGGAUGAACCAAAGCUCCAACGUCCAGUCCAUGCUUCAGCAGAAGUUUCAAUGUUGCGGGUUUACCAACCCCGCACUCUUCGUCAAGGAUAGCACAUGCACCAGCGCCGCAACCGCGGCACGUCUAGGACCCUGCGUAACCCCGUUCGGUGUGUUUGCCAGUCGGUUCCUGGAUAUCGUGUUCACCACGUUCUUCGGCUUCGUGGCUGUCGAUAUGAUGCUCUUGCUCGCGGCGCUUUGCUUGAUCAAGGACCGUAAGGAGAAGGAGCGGUAUAGACUGAUUGACGAGAAAAGGGGAUUUGGUCCGAUCUAGAAGAUUGCAACACGGCAAUUACCCAGGCCGCUUAAAGACAACCGUAGAGCUGGAACGCUGUUGUACUUGCGUCCACGAUCACCUACUAGGGAAGGAUCUGGCUAUUGACUGCUUUGGAUUUCUGCGCUGGAACAAAUCUGUCGGAACGAGCUACAUCUCAAAUCACGAACUUGAGCGAUUUCGCCUUGUCCAGCAAUUUUUUGCGUUUGCGGAGGAGUUGGAAUUCGGAUAAGGAUGCGAUGAAGGGAUGGACAGUAAAGGAAAAUAAACAGAAAAUCUAUGAAUAGAGACAGAAGACACCAUACGAAUUCACAUUUGGAAGAAAAAAAGA